CCUUUCUCCUCAUCUCAUCUUCCUCCCAACAACAUCUUCCGCCAUCAACGAGUCGCCCCCUAGUGUGUCGACAACUCCACCAUCAUCCUGAGAAUUGUAUCAGAUCUGCGCCGUCCUGCGCAUCGACUUAAUCGCCACAGUCUGGGAAGUAGGAAAGGAAUAAACAUUGGUGUGGGAGAGGAGUCAUUCACUAUUUGGCGGUGGAAUCUGCUUUGUCGUCGCUUUGUUUGUUGCGGAGGAGUCUACAAUCACAAUUCAUCGCACUAGCAGUUUUCUGCAAUCUUGUACAUCUUCUCCUUCGUCUCCAAAGUUUGUUCUUGUCACAAGAGUUCUCUCCAGUGAUUGCAAUCAGAUUUGAGUUCACCUCGUUCUCCUGAGCGGAAAAAAAAGAAGAAUCUUGAUCUUGCGCGGUCGCAUUCACGAAAUAACACCCCCCUUCCUUUCUUUCUGCGACAUACUAAUCCUUGAGCUAUUUUAAAACUGCUCUCUAAGCUUCCUUUGUCCCUCGACUUGAUCCCGACCGCUAGUUACGAGCACAACUUCAACCAGCAAUUUACAAUCAAUAAGGCAUCAUGGCUUCCUCUGUGUUUUUCAAGUUCAAGUCCCAAAAGGAGCCCUCUAGAGUGGAGUUUGAUGGUACUGGUAUAUCUGUCUUUGAGCUCAAACGUGAUAUUAUCAUCAAGAGCGGUUUGGGUGAUGGAACAGAUUUCGACCUCGCAAUCUACUCGGAAGAUGGAAAAGAUGGUAAGUAGUGAUCAUCCCACGAAUCAAUCCAAUCAAUUCUGAUCCAUAAUUUCAGUUUACGACGACGAUACUACCAUUAUUCCGCGAUCAACCUCAGUUGUCGCUCGCCGACUUCCUCCCAGCAAGCCCGGCGCAGGUAGAGCGGCACGAUACAUGUCUGGUAAAGUACCCAUACAUGCGAAGAACUCAUCACGAAAGGAGCCAAAUAAAACUGCCGCGAAAUCGGGUGCCGCGGCAGCUACCACACAAAUCCAUGCUGGCAUGACGGAAGAGCAAAAGAUGGCAGCAAUGUUUGAGGCCCAAGGCGCACAGUGGUCUGCUCAACAAGAAGAGAUGGCAUCGUAAGUAUCUGCAUCUUCAACAAAGAAAGAAAAGUACUAACGAUUCCAGGCAAACUCCAGUGUUCCGACCUGGUGGAAAGAAAGGACAAGCACCCGCAAAUGUUCCAGAUCAUGAGCCUCCGGUCGGGUACAUAUGUUAUCGUUGUGGAGAAAAGGGACAUUGGAUUCAAGUGUGUCCUACAAAUGAUGACCCAAAUUUUGACAACAAGCCUCGAGUGAAGCGUACCACUGGUAUUCCACGUUCGUUCUUGAAGACUGUCGAGAAACCAUCGGCGUUGACCAAUAAUGAUGGCACAACGGAUGAAACAAAAUUACCAUCAGGUGUCAUGGUUAAUGCGGAGGGAGACUUUGUAAUUGCUGAGCCGGACAAGGCAUCAUGGGAACAAUUUCAAGCCAAAACAAAAUCUUCUGCUGCAUUGCAGAAGGCGGCAGCUGCUGGUGAUAAAGAGUUACAGGAUAGAGGAUUGGAGUGUUCGAUCGACAAGAGAAUUUUCAUAGACCCAAUGAAGACGCCCUGUUGUGAGAAGACGUACUGCAAUGAAUGCAUCACUAACGCGCUCAUCGAGAGCGAUUUCACUUGCCCUGGGUGCCACACCGUUGGGGUUCUCAUUGAUGAUCUUAAGCCUGAUGAUGAGACAUCCAAGAAGAUUAAGGAGUAUUUGGAUGAGAAGAAUGCCGCCAAGAGAGAAGCUGAGGCGAAAGAGAGAUCUAAAAGUCCAGUUGUAAAACGCGAGUUGACGCCAGCCGCAGCGGACACAAAACGAACAACUAAAUCGCCAUCACCAAGGCCUGUCGCUCGGGCAAAGGCCAAUUCCAAAUCAUCUCCAUCAAAGAAGGCAUCACCAAAACCACCUUCCGGUCCAGCCAAUGCCACUACCCAAGGCCCAUCAAAGAAACGCCCUGCAGAUGAGUUGCUUGAGAAUCCAAAAAUACCAAAAGGCCCCAAAGCAAUGCAGCAACAAGAAGCUCAGAAACAAGCCAUGCUACAACAGCAGGCCAUGAUGAAUAACAUGGGUGGUAUGCCCAAUUUCCCCGGCAUGCCCUUCGACAUGCCACAACAAAACGCGCUCUUCAACCAGAACUUUCAGAAUCCAAUGAUGGGUAUGAACGGCGGUAUGAAUCCUAUGAUGAUGGGAAUGGGAGGAAUGAAUCCGAUGAUGUUUGGCGGAUUCCCCAAUAUGAAUAACAUGUAUAACAAUAAUAAUGGUGGUGGUGUGGGAGGCUACGGAGGCAUGAAUGGUGGAGGGCAUGUGAUGGGAAUGAACGGAGUAGGACUUCAACAUGGACAGGGAGUUGCGAAUGGAUUUCCAAAUCAACAGAAGACCAUCUUUGCGGAGCCCCUGCCAAAUGAAGAGGAUAAUGCGUAUUUUCGCAAACCGGUGAAUCCACAUCGUCAUCAAGGAAAGCAGAGACGGACAAGACCGAGUGAUUAUCGGGAACUGUAAUCAUCAUCUUCCGUCUUAUUUCUUUUCUUUUCUCGAUUAUACGUCUCUUCUAUUCUUUCUCCUAUUUUCACUUUUUGACUAUCGUUCAAUAGUCUCCUGUAGCCUGCACAGAUGAACGAUAGCGGUUGGGAAGGGGGUUUUUUGCAUAUACGAACGUGCGGCCAGUGCAUAUCAUAUCGGCCGGUACAUAUUGAUGAAUGCUUCGUCCUCAUCUAUCGACGAGACAAAAUAAAUGGAUGUUUGUCUCGAGAGGAACAGAUCGGUAUACUCAACUCUGGCAUUGCGAUGGCGUUUCGGGAUGGGAUGGUCUACUUUUUCGUUGGGGGGUUCUUCUUCUUCUUUUCUUUUCUUGAAAUUGAGAGAUGACUGGUGCUUGGGGCUGGUAUGGGGAUCCAUAUAUGGAUGGAUGAAUGGAGGGACAUAUUCCUCUUUGCAUUUCCCAGGCGUGGUGUGGUGCUUGCGGGACUUUCUUUUUUAUUUUCGGGAUGGGAUCCGUGGAGAUUGCGAGUGGGAUGCAUUCUUGUUUUCUUCGGGGUAUGGAGAUGGAUGAUAUGUGGUUAGCGAUUCUGCUGCUACCCUGCGAGGAAAGGAAAUUGGUGCCAUAAGCAUGCAAAUUUCAGAUUACCAAUCUUCCAAAUGAG